AUGGGACCUGUUUGGGACCCUGCCGGAACUUGCCCGGGACCAGCCGGUGACCUGCUCGGUCGAGUCCUAAUCAGGUCUCGGCGGGGUCCCGAGUUGGUCCGGUCGGGUCUCUGUAGGUCCAAGGAGGGUCCCAAUCAAUUCCCGGGCAAGUGCCGGUCAAGUCCGGGGAGGGUCCGGUCGGGUCAGGGUCCUGGGAGAGUCCCGAUCAAGUCUCGGGCAGCUCCCGCCGAGAUCCCGGCUAAAGCGCAAAGCAACGGGUUUUACAAUACCAGCACUGGCCAGAUUCCGGCGAAGGUGUACAGUCUCUUUCUAUGCAGAGCAGAUAUCUUCCCCGAGUUAUGCCAGAAUUGCAUUAUGAACGCCAGCGAAGUCAUAAAGAAGAUUUGUACAAAUCAGGAAGAAGCUUAUAGAAUGUACGAUGAGUGUAUGUUACGGUACUCGAAUCGAUCUAUAUUCUCUGUUAUGGAGAUAUCUCCAAAAAUCAUGUACUUUGGCUUCUACAAUCUUAGCACAGACGUCUCAGACCAAUUUAAUGCGACUUUGGCGGGUUUGAUGGAUGGCCUUGUUAUGAAAGCUACUUCUUCUAGUGAUUUGUUUGCUGCUGGAGAUGUGAAUUAUACAUCCUUGAGUAGGAUAUAUGGUCUGGUGCAGUGCACCCCGGACAUUUCUCCAGUUGAUUGCAACACUUGCUUACAUGUGUCUGUUGUUGAUAUACUUUCUCUCUUUGAUGGAAAGCAAGGAGGAAGAGUUCUCAGGCCAAGCUGCAAUGUUAGGUACGAAAUAUACCCUUUCUACCAGUCCAGGGCUGCUACAGUACCAGCUACUUCCUCAGCUUCAUUGACCAAAAACAGAGGAAAGGAAGCAAACGCUCGAACUGCCAUCAUCAUUGUUGUUCCAACUGCUAUUAUUGUUAUGCUUCUUGUUCUCAGUGUUUGCAUCUUUUUAAGAAUAAGGAAGCCGAAAAACAAUUUUGAGACUGCGGAUGAAAUAACAAGUGCUGAAUCCUUGCAAUUCAAUUUCGACACUAUUAAAGCUGCCACAAACAACUUUUCUGACGCGAAUAAGCUUGGGAAAGGUGGAUUUGGGAUAGUUUACAGGGGAAGGCUUUUAAACGGACAAGAGAUAGCUGUAAAAAGACUAUCAAAAAACUCUGGACAAGGAGACAUGGAGUUUAAGAAUGAGGUCUUACUAGUAGCCCAACUCCAACACCGAAAUUUGGUUAGGCUUCUUGGAUUUUGCUUGGAAGGAAUUGAAAGACUUCUUAUCUAUGAGUUUGUGCCUAAGACAAGCCUUGAUCACUAUAUAUUUGAUCCCAUUAAGCGUGCAGAUCUAGAUUGGGGAAUGCGGUAUAAAAUUAUAGGUGGCAUUGCUCGAGGGCUUUUAUAUCUUCACGAGGAUUCUCGACUUCGGAUUAUUCAUCGUGACCUCAAAACUGGCAACAUUCUAUUAGAUGGAAUAAUGACUCCUAAAAUUUCAGAUUUUGGCAUGGCAAGAUUAUUUGUAUUGGAUGAAACUGAAGGCAGUACAAAAAGAAUUGUUGGGACCUAUGGAUAUAUGGCUCCAGAAUAUGCAAUGUUUGGACAAUUUUCGACAAAGUCAGAUGUCUUUAGCUUUGGAGUCGUAAUUCUGGAGAUCGUAAGUGGUCAAAAAAUUACUAGUUUUUGUGACACAGAGAAUACGGAGUAUCUGCUCAGCUAUGCAUGGAGAAAUUGGAGGGAGGGGACGACUUCAAAUUUCAUAGAUCCCACGUUAAUGAAGGACGAUCCAGAAGCUGAAAUGAUGAAAUGUAUUCACAUCGGUUUAUUAUGCGUUCAACAAAAUGUAGCAGACAGACCAGAUAUGACUUCAGUUGUUUUCAUGCUUAAUAGCGAUUCCGUGGCUUUGCCUGUACCUAAACAACCUGCAUGCUUUAUGCGGAGCAAUGUUCAAUCAACCACAUUGCCGCAACUGGACACCAAUUGCAGGGUAACUAAUUAUGAGGCUUCAAUUACUGAGUUAUCUCCUAGGUAG